AUGUACGUUGAUGAUUUGGUCAGCGGUGGUGAUUCUGUUGAUACAGUGAAGCAACUAAAGGAGAACGCCAUUGACAUCUUUCGAGAUGCUAUCGACGAGGACAACUGGCCUCUGAACAUCAAAACGCAAGAAGCAACAGAAACGCAAGCUGAAGCGAAAGCAGUCAAGGAAUUGUUUUCACUGACGAUACCAGUGCAAGAUGAAUUAGAUCAGCUUCUUAAGAAAUUCGGGUUUUGGAAAACGAUACGAAUUACAGCAACAGCAAAACGAUUCGUGGACAACGUGAAAGACGGUCGUGAGAACAAGAAUACCGCUCCGUUGACAACAGAAGAAACCAGCGAACAAGUCAAGUUCUGGGUGAAGAAGAUCCAGGCGCGUAACGAAGGAACCGCUAAAUUUGAAGAAGAUCGAGAGCAACUGAAUCUUCAGCAGAACGAAGCAGGAGUGUACGAGUGUCGAGGAAGAAUCCAAGGUCAUUUCCCUAUCUACCUACCAGACAACGAGUUCCUGACUGAAAAGAUCGUAGAACAUGCCCACAAGCUUAGCUGUCACGGGGGAGUGGGGAUGACAAUGGCGAAAUUUCGCGAAAAAUACUGGACCCCUCGAUUGCGAAACAUCGUCAAACGAGUGACAAAGAGUUGUCAUACCUGCAAGAGAUUCCGUGCUAUCGCGGUGGCAAACCCACCAAUCAGAAACCUCCCAAGGGAUAGGACCGAAGGGAACACAGCGUUCCAAGUGGUCGGCGUAGACUACGCAGGUCCCAUAAAGUACCUUAAGAAGAGUAAACGCGAAAGGAAGGCAUACAUUAUCCUGUAUGCUUGCCGCCUCACUCGAGCCACGUAUUUGGGGCUUCUUCCAAAUCAAGAAACAAACGAAUUCGUGCGAAAUUUGAAGCGGUUAGUAGCAAGACGAGGACGUCCCCAGAGAAUUUAUUCCGACAACGCCAAGACGCUCGUUGCAGCAGCGAAAUGGCUGAGGAAUAUCAUGAAAGAUGAACGCCUACAUGACUGGCUCUCCAAGUUUGAGAUCAGGUGGUAG